ACAAUUUUUCAUCUGUUCGAGGAAAUUCACCUAAGAACAAUUCUUAGACUAGAAAGCGAUCAAGAGAUAGCGUUAAUAAACAGUUUUUAUUAAAAUUGAAAAGGAUAUUAAUAUUUUCAAAUAUUGCGCCUGAAACAUUUGACGGAAAAUUUUAGAGACUGACUAUUGGUAGAUUAACAUUGGUACCAUGGAUUCAAGUAAUGACGAGGAGCUGUUAAAUUUUUCAUUUGUCCGGCGUCCAUCUAGUUAUGGUUAUUUUAAUCAACCCUCAACUUACACAUCACCUUCAUCUUCAUCUUCAUCCCCAUCUUCAACACCAACAAGCCCUUCGUCACCCACGUCUUUAUCCUCUGCAUCUUCAUCUACUUCAUCCAGCAACUCAUUCAGUCUUUCCUCACUAAAAAUGUUUCUCACCAAUAAUUAUCACAGUAUCGCAAACUAUGGGAAUGAUUUGGCUCAAGCUGGUUCCUAUGAAAGAGCUAUCGAGUAUCUAAGUUUGGCCAUAUCUUUGAAUUCAUCUGAUUACCGACUCUAUUAUAAUAGAGCUUUAUGUUAUUUAGAGACCAAUGAGCUUGACAAAGCCUUUAAAGAUAUUAGUCGUACUAUAAGAAGUAAUCCCCUUUGGGGUAAAGGGUAUUUUGCUCUUGGUCAAUCCCUUGCUCGAGCCAAGCAGUACAAACAAGCCGAAAAAGCCUACAAGAAAUCCCUAAAAUUGGAAAACGAGAAGGAAACGCGUGCCGAACUGAUUGGAAACAUCUAUGAUGCAUUAAUUGAUUAUGGAUACGACGAGAUCAAAGCUGGCUUCGCUUCGGAAAAAUAUUUUUCAAUCCAGGAAGCUCAUGAAGCGUUGGCAGCAGGAGCUUUCGAGACGCAACUCAACCUAACAAGAAGUAUAAAGAAAAAAUACUUUAAAAGACAACAAUACAAAAAAGGGAUUCUAAUUCCUGUCAACUUUUUUUAAAAAUAUGAUAUUCUUAAACUACUCAUACGACGUCUGGAAUGACCUGAUCUCCAAACAUAUAACUUGUAAUUUUAUUCUUAUAGUCAUGUAAUGCCGAACUCCACGCUUAUCAUCAAGAUUGUAAACCUUUUUUUCAAACGUGGACUAAGAUUUUUCUAUUAACUACAUUUUGUUUUUGAUAAUAAAGUAAUUCAGCAAAUAA